AUGUUUCCUCCCUCACCUACCCCUCUUGCUCUACAUAAAUACCCUCACCCGUCUCCCCUUUGCUUCCUCCAUCACACAACAAGCCUUCAUCACCUCAUCUACACUACCACUUCUUCCAAACCAAACCCCUCAAACCCCAAACACUUCAAAAUGUCUGCUCCCAACGCCAACACUCCCAACGAGGGCAUCGUCGGCCAGGCCGUCAACUCUGUCAAGAACGCCGCCAACUACGUCGCCGAGACCGUCCAGGGCCAGUCCGCUGAGGCCAACAAGGAGGCCAACAAGCAGCAGGCUAAGGGCAACGUCCCUGGCCAGGACUCCAUCACCGACCGUGCCUCCGGUGCCCUGAACGCUGCUUCCGACAAGAUGAACCAGGAGAAGCACGAGGGCGCCGCUGAGGCCAACAAGCGCUCCAUCUAA